CGCCUGCGUUGUAUCUUAGCCUUACGGAUGUUCUCAGUAUUAUGUAGGAGAGGAUUCUUGACUAACAAAGUGUUGCAAUUUAGAAGUACCUACAAAUGUGAUCAUUAUAACCUCAAAACCUAUGUUAAGCCCUUCAAAUGUAGUUCAUCACUGCGGCUUACUGUUGGCACUGGACUUUUCAUAGCUCUGCAUGCAAAGUUAUCUCCUGAAUCCUGGAUCCAAACUGUACAGUGUGAAAGCAAUAGCUUUCAAAGCGACCAGUUAAAGUAUAAAGAAAAUGGUGGUCUAUUCCAGUACAUUGGAACACUGAUACUUCCCGAUUGUGUGUAUUUAUUUGGUGCUAUACUGGCUGCAUUUUUAGCUGCGAUCAUGAACGUGUACAUACCUCUUUAUCUUGGGGAUUUUGUCAGAUCGCUAUCAAGAUGCGCUAUAACUCAUGAAGGAUUUGUUUCUGCUGUUUACGUCCCUUCGCUUAGGUUGUGCUCUUCCUAUUUACUACAGUCAUUAUCGACAUUCUUGUAUAUUGGACUGUUGGGAUCGGUUGGUGAACGUAUUGCUAAACGUAUGCGAAUUCAAUUAUUUCGAAAGUUAAUCAAUCAAGAUGUUGCCUAUUUUGAUGUACAUAGUUCUGGCAAACUUGUCGAAAUUAUUGGAUCAGAUGUACAAAAUUUUAAAAGUUCAUUUAAACAAUGUAUUUCACAAGGUUUACGUAAUGGAAUUCAAGUUGUUGGAUGUGUAUUUGCAUUGUUAAAUAUAUCCCCGACAUUAACAGCUGCAUUUCUUGGUUGUUUACCAUGUGUAGUUCUCAUUGGAAGUUUACUCGGAGCUGAACUUCGUUAUAUUAGUCGUGAAGUUCAAUCACAAAAUUCUGUACUCGCUUCGUUAACUGAUGAAGUGUUCAGUCAUAUACGAACAGUGAAAUCAUUGACUAUGGAAGAUUUUCUAAUUGAUAAAAUCAAUUAUAAUGUGGAUAAAACUAAAGAACUAAGUGUAAAGCUAUCAUUUGGCAUUGGUUUAUUUCAAGGUCUUUCUAAUUUAGCAUUGAAUGGUGUUGUCCUUGGAGCAUUAUAUGUUGGAGGUCAUUUAAUGUCACGUGGUGAAUUAGAUGCUGGACAUUUAAUGUCAUUUUUAACUACUACACAAACAUUGCAACGUUCACUUACACAAUUAUCUUUAUUAUAUGGACAAAUUGUUCGUGGAUAUACUGCUCUGAAACGUAUACAUGAUAUAUUAACAUUACCUGAUGGUAUUGGAAGUAUACUAUCCGCCUCCUCUUCCCCAUCAUCGUCAUCUUCGUCGUUAUUAGCGGUUAGUAAACAACAUGUCAAUAAUAUUAAAGAAUUGCCAGAUUCUUCACCAUCUAUCGAAUUUUCCAAUGUACAAUUUAUUUAUCCAAAUCGUCCAGAAAUCAAUGUAUUAAAUGAUUUAUCAAUGUUUUUACCAGGUGGUAAAGUUAUCGCUAUCGUUGGUCAUUCUGGUGCAGGUAAAUCUACCAUUGUCUCUUUACUUGAACGUUUCUAUGAUCCAAUAUCUGGUGAAAUUUUAAUUAAUAAUUAUAAAUUAACACAAUUUAAUGUAAAUUAUUUACGAAGUAAAUUAAUUGGUUAUAUUAGUCAAGAACCACAAAUGUUCAAUGCAUCAAUUAGAGAGAAUAUACGAUUUGGACGUUUUGAUGCUACUGAUGACGAGGUUGAAGCAGCAGCUAAACUCGCACAUGCUCAUGAAUUUAUUUCCAAUGAUUUACCUGAUGGUUAUGAUACAUUAAUUGGUCAAGGUAGCGGUUACACUGCAGGUUUAAGCGGUGGUCAACGUCAACGUAUUGCUAUAGCACGUAUCUUGUUGAAAAAUGCACCAAUUUUAUUAAUGGACGAAGCGACCUCGGCUUUAGAUGCUGAGUCGGAAGCUAGAGUACAAGAUGCAUUGAAUAAUGCAAUGAAAAAUCGUACAGUUCUAAUUAUUGCACAUCGAUUAAGUACAGUGCGUAAAGCUGAUUUAAUUUUAGUUAUGUCUAAAGGAGAAAUAGUUGAAAAAGGAACUCAUUCCGAAUUGAUGGCUAAUCAUGGUUAUUAUUAUAAUCUUGUACAAAGACAAGAAGGUUGUGAUGUGUUCGACUAGAUUAGAUUAAAUUAGAUUAGAUUAGAUGAGAUAAUGUAAUAUUUUUUAUUUUAAUUUCCCUACUCUCCUUCCUUGUAAAACUGAUGUGUGUGUAUAAAUGUAUGCUGUUGUGAUUUCUAUGUAGAUUUCUUUUAUUUUGAGUUUUUCAUCAAAAUGUAUGCUAUUCUCUUUUCCUUUGUUUUUUUUUUGUGUGUGAUCAACUAAUGCAUUCUUGUUUUUCUUCCGCAAGAAAAAUCAAUAACUC